AUGGCCACUCCUCGAGGGUGUUGGGGUCCCUCUUUUGAACUCCUGCUCUUUCUCCAUCUCCUACUCAAUGUAAUGACUCACUGCUGGGGACGUCCAUUCUUCGGCCCUCCCUCAGUCAAUGUGGCUGUGGUUUUCAGUGGCACGGCCCACCAUGGUGAGAUCAAGGGCCGUCUGAGUCCAGAGAACUUUCUUGACAUGCCGCUAGAAGUGAACCCGAUCACCGUGCUGGUGAAUGACACUAACCCAAGGGCUUUACUCACACGUCUCUGUCAGACAAUGGCUGCAGAGAGCCUUCACGGUGUGGUGUUUGAAGAUGACGUGGACUCAGAAGCUGUGGCUCAAAUCUUAGACUUUACCUCCUCCCAGACGUCUAUCCCCAUUGUUGGCAUCAGUGGAGGCUCUGCUGUAGUCAUCCUUCAUAAAGCUGAAGGCUCUAACUUUCUACAGAUGGGCGCUUCUGUAGAGCAGCAGAUAAAUGCAAUGUUCAAAGUGAUGGAGGAGUACAACUGGGGUAACUUUGUGGUGAUCACCAGUUUGUAUCCCGGCUACGAGAACUUUGUGGACUACAUCCGGUCCUUCACUGACACUAGCUACUUCCUGUGGGAGCUGCAGGAUGUGCUGAGCUUCGAGAUGUCAGUUGGGGCCAACGACAUCCGCACACGCAGAAUGCUACAGCAGGUGGAUGCACAGGUAUACCUGGUGUACUGCUCACACGAGGAGGCUCAGUACUUGUUCAGGAUGGCAUCUGAUGUUGGGUUGCUGGGGCCUGGAUACAUCUGGGUCAUUCCCAGCCUGGCUGUGGGAAACCUUGAAGUGCCUCCUCCUGACAGUUUUCCAGUGGGGGUCAUCAGUAUUAUCACAGAUAGCUGGAGGAAAACGUUACGUCAGCGGGUUCGGGAAGGUGUGGCAGUCAUUGUAAAAGGGGUAUACAGUUUCCACAAGCACAGAGGAUUUAUUCCUGAAGGUCACAGUGACUGCAUUAGUCCUGCCAAACCAAAUGCCAACAAUUCUCUCUUCAGGCAUAUGCUAAAUGUUUCAUGGGAACACAAGGACCUCUCCUUCAACUCUGAUGGCUAUCUCACCAAUCCUUCCAUGGUGAUCAUUGCAUUAGAUCAAGAGAGACACUGGGACAAGGUAGGCAGUUACGAGGGAGGAAUCCUGCAGAUGCGUUACCCUGUAUGGCCCCGUUACGGCAGCUUCCUGGAGCCUGUGUCUGACAACCGGCACCUGACUGUGGCCACGUUGGAGGAGAGGCCCUUCGUCAUUGUGGAGCAUGUGGAUCCUGCCACGGGCACUUGUGUGCGUAACACUGUGCCCUGCCGUCGCCAGUCCAACAGAACUGAGAGUAUAACUGGUCAUAAUGAGCCUUACACCAAACUCUGCUGCAAAGGCUUCUGCAUAGACAUCCUAAAGAAGCUCUCACGAACCAUCAAAUUUUCAUACGACCUUUAUCUGGUCACCAAUGGGAAACAUGGAAAGAUGGUUCGUGGCGUCUGGAAUGGGAUGAUUGGAGAGGUCUUCUACAAGCGAGCGGAUAUGGCUAUUGGCUCUCUUACCAUCAAUGAGGAGCGGUCAGAGAUCGUUGACUUUUCAGUGCCGUUCGUGGAGACUGGGAUCAGUGUUAUGGUGGCCAGAAGCAAUGGGACAGUCUCACCCUCUGCCUUUCUAGAGCCUUACAGUCCAGCCGUGUGGGUUAUGAUGUUCGUAAUGUGCCUGACUGUUGUGGCAGUCACUGUCUUCAUCUUUGAGUACUUCAGUCCUGUUGGAUACAACCGGAGCCUUGUCAGUGCCAAAGCCCCUGGAGGUCCCACCUUCACCAUCGGGAAGUCUGUCUGGCUCCUGUGGGGAAUUGUUUUCAACAACUCUGUUCCAAUUGAAAACCCCAAAGGCACAACCAGCAAAAUUAUGGUCCUGGUCUGGGCUUUCUUUGCUGUCAUCUUUCUCGCUAGCUACACUGCCAAUUUAGCUGCCUUCAUGAUCCAAGAGCAGUACAUUGACACUGUGUCUGGACUUAGUGACAAAAAGUUUCAAAAACCACAGGAACAUUAUCCUCCUUUUCGCUUCGGUACGGUCCCAAACGGCAGCACCGAGAGGAACAUUCGAAGCAAUUAUCCCGACAUGCACACCCACAUGAUAAAAUACAACCAGAAGGGAGUGGAGGAAGCACUCAACAGCCUUAAAACAGGGAAGCUGGACGCCUUCAUAUAUGAUGCAGCAGUUCUUAAUUAUAUGGCUGGCAAGGACGAGGGCUGCAAGCUGGUCACCAUUGGUAGUGGGAAGGUGUUCGCUACAACGGGCUACGGCAUUGCUCUGCAGAAGGACUCCUGUUGGAAGCGCCCCAUAGACCUGGCUCUACUCCAGUUCCUGGGAGACGGGGACACACAGAGACUGGAGACAGUAUGGCUGUCUGGAAUAUGCCAGAAUGAGAAAAAUGAGGUCAUGAGCUCCAAACUGGACAUAGACAACAUGGCAGGUGUUUUCUACAUGUUGCUAGUGGCCAUGGGCCUCAGCCUGCUGGUCUUUGCUUGGGAACAUCUACUCUACUGGAAACUCAGGCACUCUGUCCACAAGUCUGACCACUUAGACUUUCUGCUGGCCAUUAGCAGGGGCAUAUACAGCUGCUUUAAUGGUGUUGAAGAUAUUGGCAGAGCUGCCAGCAUACAGAAUCCAGACAUUACCGCCAAUUAUGCACAGGCCAACAUGCUGAAAAUGCUGCAAACAGCCAAGGAUAUCGUCUCAUCUGCCAAGGUGGAGAACACUUUGGAUAAUGCCACAAAGACCAUUGAGAACUGGAACCGACACAGCGGCACCCUGCCAGCACGUAUUCCACAGGUGAUCACGACUGAAAAACUUCCCGGUCACUUCUCUUACAUUACAAACGUUACAGAGAUACCUCAUAUGCAGCAUUCCAUAACUGCUCCUUUCACACAACAACACAGCAAAACCACAAGCUCACCAGCACCACCAAUGGGAAACCACAGAGUCCUAACACGCCCCACUCCUCUCCGGUACACUCUGCCCACCAGAACCAGGGGUUUGUAUGAUGGUAUGCUCCCGGUAUCCAGUCUAAGCACUCCUCAUAUAGCCAUGCAUGAUCCUCAUUCUGAUCUGGACCAUCCUGGUUCUUCCUUUAUUCCAUAUAGAGACCUACAAGUGCCAGACAUCUACACUGAGCACCACAAGUCUUGUCAUGAUUUCUCCAAUGGUGUCAGGCGGAAGAAGAGACCACAUAGUUUCAUCAUGGAGUCCAUGGAUCUAAGGGGGCUUCACGAUUAUAAAGACCAAAGAACGUGUCAUGCAGAUGCAAAUAAUUUUGCAGAAAAACACCUGUCAUCCUCCUUCAGGGACAAUCCUUUCAUAUCAGCUGACAUGGUAUGCAAUUCCUGUGUCAAAACUUACAUUGACCCAACACUGGAUGACAUACCUUUGAUAGGGAAAAGGAAGCUUCAUCGUAGACCAUCGUUCCUGAAAGCCACUUGGGGCCCCGACAGAGUCCGGUUCCCAGGUGAAAGGCCUUCAGCCACAGCCUCCUCACGAGGAACUAUACCUGAUCUGUUCCCUUGCGUGGAUGUACACGGACGGGUGAGAAAUGCCCAAUGUUGCACCCAACCAAUGGAUCACAACUACCUUUACCCCUUCCGGCGACCCUCAAGAAAAGGUCAGAAGCUGAGACACACACAGUCGACCAGGCUUCCCUCCUACAAGGAGGCGAUUUACCACACUUCAGCAGCUGUUAGGAGGGCCUCCAGCAUGGUGCACAGACCGUACUCCUACCCUGAGCUGCCAGUCUACCAGAGCCCACUGCCAUAUGGACCAGCUGAAUUGUGCAACAUCUUCCCCUGUAUGGGACAUCCCAGUAACAAUGUAUAUGAAGGGCACAGGGCAUCCACACACCUACAGGAUGACCAUCUAGUGCCUGUCCUAGGCAGCAGGAUGGUUCACAGCAGCCCCAUUGUGCCCAUGACAUGGGGCAGAAUUUCCAGCCUGGAGUCAGAGGUGUGA